ACCGCUGGAAUGAAAACUAAAGGAAUAACGUACUAUUACAAUUUUUUUCUAACUUGUAUAAUUCGAAAUAUCAUUCUAUAUUUGCAAUAUGCUAAAAGUAAAUCCCAUAAUUGAUACUUAUAUAUUGUCAAUAAAGGUUGAUAGCAAUUGUUCUGUGUCAUAUCUAAUAAUGAGAUAUGUAUUUCAAGUAGCAAAAGUAGUGACACAUGGUGUAUUCUUUGCAAAAGCGCCGCGUAUAUGUCAGCUGACAGAAAAACUAUUAAAUUCUUAGUUUUUUCAUUUCUUCCCCAGUUAAGAAAUCGUUAACCAAAAUCAAUGGUGAAAGCAUCUUUACAUUGUAAAUGCAAAAUUUUAAAACGCUAACGAAUAUUGAUCAAAAUUUGUUUAAAAAAUAUAAUUUCAAUUAUUAAUGAACAGUUCGCCCAUUUUUGUAUAUGUUAAUGUGUCAUCUAAGAUAAUGAUUCUAUAUUAUAUAAUUUCCUUCUAAAGAGAUGCUAUAAUGUUGAUGAAUAAAAGGUGAAUGAGAUAUAUUCGAUCUCAUAUAACGAGUGGCGUCUUAAAAAAAAAUGACUGACUCUUCAGCCUCCGGCGUAUCUGCCAUUAUAAGGAUAAUUAACAAUGUAGUGACAUUUGUAAAGUGUAUUACACGAACAGGCUUUGUAAUAUUAAAUAAUAUCUAUUGUAUACCUACGUAUAUAGUAUGGAUGACUCUGUUGUAUCCUGUGAAAGUAUAUCAACCACAAGUAUAUUGGCGAAUAGAGGGCCUUUUUUUUCAUUGGUUACUAGCCAUGGUUUCUAUGUGGACUUGGUCAGCUGGUUAUGAUAUAAUAGAACAAGGCGAUGAUAUAGAGAAGAUUAUUAGUGAAAGAACACUUGUUAUAGUAAAUCAUCAGAGUACUGGGGACGUUCCUAUGUUAAUGACAACAUUUAAUGCAAAACCAAAUGUAUUGCCCAAUUUAAUGUGGAUUAUGGAUAGAAUAUUUAAGUUCACUAACUUUGGCAUAGUUUCUAUUUUACAUCAUGACUUUUUUAUAAUUUCUGGUCGUAAACGAAGAGACGAAAGCUUAAGACAAUUAGAAAAACAUCUAAAAGAAUCAUACAUAGGACUUAAUAGAAAAUGGUUAAUUCUAUUUCCUGAAGGAGGUUUCUUAUGUAAACGUCGUGAAACAUCACAAAAAUAUGCUAAAAAAAAUAAUUUGCCCAUCCUAGAGAAUGUGAGUUUACCUAGAGUAGGUGCAAUGCAAAUAAUAUUUAACACUAUCGGUCCAACGGAAGAUGAUAUGGUGCAACAUGACCACUUAGACAACAGAGCAAGCACGGCAAUAAAACCAGCUGAAAUCACCUGGGUUCUUGAUAUAACAAUAGCAUAUCCUCAGGGUAAACCUAUUGAUUUACCUACAAUUAUAACUGGUUCAAGAUCACCUUGCGAAACGUUCUUGUUUUAUCGACUUUAUCCUAGUAAAAUGGUUCCACGUGAACCAGAGCUAUUGUCUAAGUGGUUAUAUGAUAGAUGGGUAGAAAAAGAAUUGCUUUUGGAAAAUUUUUAUAAACAUGGCGCAUUUCUUGGUACACAUGACACAGCUGCAAAGGGUUCAAAAAUCCAACAGGAUCCAUUAAGAUUCCUAGUCAUUCAUUUAUUUUUUAUAACAUCUAGUUAUAUACAUUAUAGUAUGUUUCAGUAUAUAUUAUCCUGCUUUUGGUAAGGUAUAUGCUAUUUAAGAAUAGCAUUAAAAUUUUAGGAUAAUUGUAACACAAAAAGUGGAUUAUUCCUGCCUUAAACAAUAUUAACAUUUAUUACAAUAAAAUAACGAGUGUAUGGAUUGUCAAUUCCAAUUGAACUAUUUACAAUUUAGAUACAUUUUAAUGGUUAAUGCCACUUUUUCAUUUAAAACAAUAAAAUAUUUGAUUUAGCACGCGUAUAAUUAUUUGCUUAAAAAGGGAUUAGUCAGAAACAAUUUUCUAAAUAUUAAUGCGGACAUGGCGUUUGAAAUUUUUUCAAGUAAGUUGUUUUUAUCUUUAAAUUAAUUUUCUUUCAUCAAAAGGUAACUAUUUUAUACAGAUAAAUCAUAUAUGUAUGUGCGUGUGUGUAUGUGUGCGCGUGCGUACGUAUGUAUGUGUAUACAUAUAUAUAUAUCUUCAUAUAUAUCUUCAUAUAUAUAUCAUAUAUAUAUAUCUUCACAUACAUAUUAUUCUUGUUAUAUCUUAUACAGAGUCAUCACAUAAUAUUUUUCAUAAAGUAAAUAAUUAUUUGCAAUAAUAUAAUUUCUUGAUACAACUUGUAAAAAUCCUUACAUUUUGAUAACUAGUUAUUAAUAUGUAGUUACCAUUAAUUUAGUAUAAAAAUUUAUUUAUUUUAUGUAAGUGCAAAUACAGGAGCAUUUAUUGAAUACUUAUUUGACACACAUAUCUUAUAAUUACACAGAAACUAGAUCUGCAUUUUCUUAAUUAUAAUAAAUUAUAAAACUAGUGC